CUCUCGCCAUCGCGUUGGGAAUAGAUUGCCUCCGCGAGGCGAGCUGUCCCCAGCUGGGGAACGAGAGGGAGAGACGAUAGAACGACGCAAAAAGAUCGUCGCCGAGAAAAAGCCACGCCGUCGUUCAAUGUCAAAUUCGCCGACGCGACGCCGGCUAUGCGUGAAUUCCCAGUCGUCGCCGAGGGUGAGUCAGCCACCCCUCCGAAUGACGGUCAGAGAGACGAUCGGAUGCGAAGGAAGAGGGAACGCGAUUAAUCGGCGAGAUUGGGGAAGUAGAAGCCAGACGUCGAUUGGUUCUCAUUCGAGAGCGGUGGGGGCUCCGUUCAGGAACAUCGCUCGCACUCGCGAGACCCUGCAAGACGUCAUAUCGAAUUCCUGCCAUGAAAAACGAGACACAAAUGCAUCCCGAGAAGCCCCUCGUUGCGCCGAUCCUGGCGAAGAGGGCCUGUCGUCCUGAGAGGGGAUGCGCUGCGGAUGGAGAGGGAUGAACGACGGGCACUGCUCGACGCUGUUACCUGGUGUUACAUGCCGCAGAAGCACUAACUGGCCAGUCAGUGUACCGUCUCGUUCUUGCCCUUGAACAACUUCCUCGCCUGCUGCUCGACAGUGUUCCGCGCCUGCCUGCCUGCCUGCCUGCGCUUUAGUAACUUGCUCGCCUCAACUGACAGAUCAAGAAGUACAAGGUUGAAAAAUGUCGAGUCCAUCGUUGAAAGACCUGCCCAAAGUAGCCCUAGACCUGAAAAGCGAGCUGGAAGGUUUCAAUCACGGCUGUAUGAAAAAAGCCGCUACUGCCGAGAAGAACGUUUUACCUUCCGCUGAAGACGUACGACAGGAGCGGCAGCACUCUGAGUUGAUACAUGGCCUGGAGACAUUUAAGGCAGAUCAGUUGAAGCAUGCCGAUACAAAAGAGAAGAUGGUAUUGCCUAAUGCCAAAGACGUUGCCGCGGAGAAGACCCAGCAAACGCUGAUUGCCGGUAUCGAGAAGUUCGACACCGCGAGUCUGAAGCAUACCGAGACCCAGGAGAAAAAUCCGCUACCCGAUAAAGAUGCUAUCCAGCAAGAAAAGGGGAAGCAACAGCUGAUCUCCGGUAUCGAAAACUUCGAUCCGGCGAAAUUGAAGCACGCGGAAACCCUCGAGAAGAACCCCCUCCCUACCAAAGAAGCGAUCGACGCCGAAAAGAUAGCCGCUUAGAGAAGCUGCCGCUUAUGAAAAGGAACGAAGGAAAGGAACGGGGACGGCGCCACUCGUCGUUUCUUCCAUUUUCUAUAUCCGUGACAUUUUAUAACAAUUAUUCGUACAUUGCCAAGGAAAAAAAAAGCGCGAAUGCGAAGCACUGUAUUAGUAUCGUAAUGCUAUGAUUAUACUUAUCCUAGCGUCGUUAUCGGCGUAUUUUCCUUCUGGCGAGAGAUCAGAAAACUCUCGAUCCAAAACGUCCAACGUCGAAUCGGGUAGCCGAUAAUGAUACCGCUUUACUGCCUCUAUCCUAUCUCGGUACUAAACUGCCCCGAGAGAUAAUUCGACAACAAUCGGACGAGAGAGCGGAUCUAAGUAACUGUAAGUCCUUGUCUCGCUCGAAGCUUUUUCUAACUUGCCCCUUUUCUCUCUUAUUGCAUCUAUUCUUCUUGUUGCUAAAUAUACGGUGAAUAUUACACCUACAAAGCGUUGUCUAAAUCCGGCUGCUCAGCUAGAGAGAAACUCGUGGGAAAGAAAAUUUUUAAUAAAUAUGGCGAGUUAGAAAUUUUACUUUGCGCGAGACGGGGAGGCCUAACUCAAAAGACCGCACGGAAUUGUCGUCUCCUCGCCGAAGGAUGUGGUUUUUUUAUAUCGAGAGACAGUUGCACGCGCGGGCAUAUUCGUUAUUUUCGAUAUAACAGGCAAGAUUGGCAUCGGUGGUGUUGCAUGAUGCGUUACAGCAAACAUUGCCGAAGCACACACAUACGCAAUGGUCUUACCGAUCUUAUAUAUUUAUGUAAAAAUCAUAUUUUAUACAAACGGGCUAUUGUACUUUUCUAAUAUUUCUUACACAUCGCAUUGUCAUUCCGAUGAAAUUAUUACGAGAAAUAAAAAAAAAGUAAUUUGUACAAAAA